GACCACAUUUGUGUUAUUUGUUUAAAUGUCAGCUUUUUGAAGCCUUCAUAAAAAUAAAUAAACUUUUCUGUAAUAUUUUUCUGUAAAUGUAGUUCUGACAGUGUUAAGGUAGCAGUACCACAAAUAUAAGGCAGAUGUCGCUGUUUGUUAUCUGAAUGUAGUUUACGUGACUGCAUUGCGCAACGGUUUGACAGGCCACCGUGCGAUUACAUAUUUGGCGUAAUAUCAUGAAUGUAAUAUUAAGUUAAAUCUCUAACGUGACUUUAAGCACUGAAUACAAAUGAUUUAUUGUGUAAUCUCAGCAGAGUAUUUAUAUCAUGCGUUAUGUUAAAUUCACAUCAAGUUGCAUUGAUAUUUUUCUGAGGUGUUCUUGUCAAGUCACACAGCUUCGUAAUUCGAUACAUUUGUAAGUGUGAGAUGUCUUUUACGAAAAUUAACAUAUUAAAGGUGCAGUAACCAUCUUUAUAGCGCCAUAUAGUUUACAAAUACUUGGCAAACCACUGUUAAUUUGUGGUUUCCGUUUCUGAAAUUCAUUAAUUAUUUUCGUUGUGGGAAACUUUAACGUAUCUUUGUAAAAGCGACUGCAACGUAAAUAUCCUUCAAGUGAUGAGGACAAUGCUGUUACUUGCGUAUUAUUAAUGUAGCCGGUUUUUGUGUUAAGAUACAUAGUAAAGUGCGAGAAGGCGGAACUUUUCUCGUUUGUUGUGAAGUUUGUCUGGUUGAAUGGGUUUGGCUCUUGCACUGUGAGAAGGAUGGACACUAGUUUUGGUCCUGCAGCUGAGGAGGAAGAGAGACUGGCAGUUUUAUACAAUCUUUGGUACUUUGGAGAUGACCAUAGAUGCACUAUUGAAAAACCAUUGGAGAGACCCGAACCUACAGAAGCGAUUUUACAAUGAACGUUUAAGGGAAUGUGCUCAAACAAUUCCAUUUGUAUAGGAAAGACACUCAAAGAACAUCAUGAGGCUUACUCGGCUCAGUCCAGCAGUUGCACAGUUGGAACACUGUGGUCCUGUUAACAGCAAUGAUGAGGACUACCUGUCGUGUGUAAACCAGCAUUUAAACCAAGCGAUUCAGAUAGAAGACCUGAAGAUGUGCAGCUCUUUUGAGUCGCCAGUCUCAGUUGCAGCAGACGAUCUUGACUUAGUCUGUACCAUAGAUAGAGCCGUUGUGUCGUAUAUCAGUGGAGUGAAAAGCGACACAUCCUCGGUUGGAAGUAACAUACAUCAUGACCCCGAUACAUUGUCCUCCUUCUUAUUCUCCUCUUCUUCAUCUUUUAGCACCUUUUCUCCAUCUUUCUCUUCGCCUUCUUCCAGCCAUUCCUCCAGCUCCGUGUCCGAGUUUCAGCUGACAUCUCCAUCUCUUUCCACUCUCUGUGGUCCACCUGAGGGCCAGGACCUUCUCUUCAGUUAUACGCAACAGGAGAAACCUCCAGAAAGGUGUCUGUUUCCCAAGACCCCCAAGUUAGAACAUGCUUCUAAAUAUCAUAUUUGUAAGAAUAUGAGUAAGAAGCAUCUGCACUUCGAAAACAAAGAAAAACUGCUUCAGUGUCUCUGCACUGACUCGAACAAAGACAAGGAGGGAACUCAGCAUCUUAAUAUUCACAAUAGUAGUGAUGCCAAAGAACUUUCUACGCUACAGCAAUGCAAAAAUGCUUCGGGACCUAGCAGGUUUAUUGGAGAUGGUGGAAUAAAUGGGAAUCAAAGUGAUGGACAAUCAUGUCAGUGGAUGGAUUGUAGGGCUACUUAUGGGCGGAAAGAAGAACUGGUGAGACACAUAGAGAAGGUUCACAUAGACCAGAGGAAAGGAGAGGACUUUACUUGCUUCUGGGCCGGAUGUGUCCGUCAACACAAACCCUUCAAUGCUCGAUACAAGCUGCUCAUUCACAUGAGAGUCCAUUCUGGUGAGAAACCAAACAAGUGCAUGUUUGAGGGAUGCAACAAAGCAUUUUCCCGUCUGGAGAACUUAAAGAUCCACCUACGCAGCCACACUGGAGAGAAGCCUUACAUAUGCCAACAUCCCGGCUGUUUGAAAGCCUUCAGCAAUUCCAGCGAUCGGGCCAAACACCAGCGCACACACUUGGACACUAAACCAUAUGCAUGUCAGCUCCCAGGUUGCACCAAACGCUACACAGACCCCAGUUCCCUGCGCAAACACGUCAAAGCCCACUCCGGUAAAGCCCUGCAGACACAGGACAAGGGCCAGCUACGCAAUAAGGUGGAGCAGGAAGUUGUGGAUGUGUGCCUUGGCCUGCAGCAUCUCCAUGGCUCUAUUCCUGCUGUACACAGCCCAGACCACAGGUGUUCUGGCUCUCUCACUAACAUUCACCAGGAAAGCUUCACUGCAUACUCAGAGGACAAUGAAUCCAGCAGCGGAAACAAAGCAAGAUCCAUCAGUAUGAGUCUGGACCAGUCAAACACACACCGUAACAUGGAGCUUCACAACCAUCUGUCCAGUAACAAGAUCAGUCGACCGAGAAUUUCUCAGUUGGUUUGUGGAAUCAACAUGAUUAACGGUACCAAUGAGCUACAGUCUGUCUCUGAAAGCCCGCAUCAAAAAUUCAACCAAACGUUUAAUGAAGCACCACUAAAUCACCAAGUUUUUCAGGCCUCUUGUAAUCGGCUCGAGCACAUUUCUAAUAACGGAAGAGAGGAUCUGCACAAUUUUGACCAAAAUGGAUUCGCUUUUACUUGUGUAAACUCAUCUGGUAAGUGUCAGUCAUCUCACAUCAGCUCCUCACCUCCAUCCCUGGUCCAAUUCUGGUACCUUUCUCUCUGUUGGCAGGCUACGGUCUGUCCCAGGACACCUCGGCGGCGAGUGGAAAUCACCCCCCUCCCUUCUUUGUUCCGGUUGGCAUCUAUGACCGUUGCCUCAGUCAGAUCUGCUCUCUGUAGCCGGAGAAGUAAGCAACAGCUUUAAUCCGCUGUACCUGGGAACAGCAGCGUAGGAGUGAUUUGGGGGACAUGAAGGCAGGGGUCCUUGAGAACGUGAAACUGAAUGAAAAUGAUCUAAACAGAUAUCUGCACAGAAUGCACUCAACACUGUGUUGGGGCCACAUCCUCUUUCUGAGAUUCCUCAAGCAGUGAGUCAGAGAUAAGACUGUCUCUGUAAAUGAUGGCGGCGCUAAAAUCCCUCUGCUUCGGCACUGAUGUCGUAGCUUGUUUUCUGCAUAGACACUGUACUUUUCUGUGUUUAAUGUGCCUAGAGUGUUGAGGAGAGAUGCUGUUUACAUUGAGGUGGUCACAUGACACCAUUUGUUAUAUAAUUUUGUUGUAUUUUUUCAUAUAUGUGAUACCAAUAACACAUCACAUGGUGGCACCAUUUGGUCAUCUAUCAAAUAAAUAAAUUACAUAGAGCAUG